AUGACUUCAUAUCCACAAAUCUCCCUUGCGGACCUUCCAGACGGCUCCCAGCUUCAAAAAGACUUUCUCGAUACAACGUGGUUUAAGACUUAUGGCCGAACACGACGAUUCCCGACACCCGAAUACUUACUUUCCCUCUUUCCAAAGAGCCAUCAAUCCAACACAAUGAAAUUUGAAGACCUCGGUCUUGUUGUCAAAUUCGGGCAACGUAUCACUACAACAGAGGCUAUCAACCUUUGGGCUGUCCGCAGGAUAUUCCAGGAAGCUGUUCCGGUACCAGAAGUUUAUGGAUGGAGAGUUCUUGAAAAGGAAGGAAGGGGUCGAUACGUCUUCAUCUAUAUGCAACUCGUCCAGGGCCCCACGCUCCUAGAACGGUGGCCUGAGCUGUCUUGCGCUGACAAGCGAGCAAUCUGUACUGAUCUACGUGCCAUGAUAUCUUCUCUUCGGACCCUCCGGGACAGUGAAUCACAGAAAAUCAUUGGAACUAUAUGUCAUGGUGCUGGGGAAGAUAUCUGCGUGAAAGAAAUACCUUCGGUAAGGCCGUUUCCCUCUCGAGCUGAGUUCCACGACUGGCUUUCUUGGUCGUGGCGCCAAUGCGCUCCAGAUCCACAAAGCAUCCCGGAUCCAUGGAGGGACUGCCUUCCAGACGAUGGGCCAAUUACUUUUACGCAUGGUGAUCUACAUCGUGGUAACAUCAUUGUCAGCGCCACGAGUCCUGCUAAGGUUGUCGCAAUCAUUGAUUGGCAAUUGUCAGGUUGGUAUCCGGACUAUUGGGAAUACUGUAAAGCUUUGUUCACAGCAGAAUGGGGCAAAGAGUGGUGGGACUAUAUCCAUCAGUUCUUGGAUUCUUACCCACCAGAGUUCGAGACAUUUGAUUUCUACAUGCGCACCCUCGGCAUAUUUUAA